AUCCACCAUAUAACCACGCCUUCGUCCUAACCCUAACCCUCUUUCGUUCUCACACUGAAGGGCAAAGCUCCGAAGGCCUCUCUCUCCUAUUCCCUCUGCGAUUCGCAUCGAUUUUAUCUGAUUUUGUGAAAGCGAUCUGAGAAGGAGAGGAAGAUGUUUGGGAGAGCACCGAAGAAGAGCGAUAGCACCAAGUACUAUGAGAUCUUGGGAGUUCCUAAGGAUGCUUCCCAAGAUGAUCUCAAGAAGGCCUACCGUAAAGCCGCCAUUAAGAACCACCCCGAUAAGGGUGGCGAUCCAGAAAAGUUCAAGGAGCUUGCUCAAGCUUAUGAGGUUCUGAGUGACCCUGAGAAGCGUGAGAUUUAUGAUCAGUAUGGUGAAGAAGCCCUCAAGGAAGGAAUGGGCAGUGGAGGUGGUAUGCAUGACCCAUUUGACAUUUUCCAAUCAUUCUUCGGAGGCAGUCCAUUUGGUGGUGGUGGGAGCAGCAGAGGCCGUAGGCAACGAAGGGGAGAGGAUGUUGUUCACCCUCUUAAAGUUUCUUUGGAAGACCUUUACAAUGGGACAUCAAAGAAGCUUUCUCUGUCCCGCAAUGUUCUAUGUGCAAAGUGCAAGGGGAAAGGGUCUAAAUCGGGUGCUUCACUGAAAUGUUCUGGUUGUCAAGGGUCUGGGAUGAAAGUUUCUAUCAGACACCUUGGCCCAUCUAUGAUUCAGCAGAUGCAGCACCCUUGCAAUGAGUGUAAGGGUACUGGUGAGACUAUUAAUGACAAAGACAGGUGCCCUCAAUGCAAGGGAGAGAAGGUUGUGCAGGAGAAGAAGGUUUUGGAAGUUCAUGUGGAGAAGGGAAUGCAGAAUGGUCAAAAGAUUACAUUCCCUGGAGAGGCUGAUGAAACUCCUGAUACUAUCACUGGAGACAUAGUGUUUAUCUUGCAACAGAAGGAGCACCUAAAGUUCAAGCGAAAGGGAGAUGACCUCUUUUUUGAGCACACAUUGACCCUAACUGAGGCCCUUUGUGGUUUCCAAUAUAUCUUAACACACCUAGAUAAUAGGCAGCUCCUCAUUAAGUCACAACCUGGAGAGGUUGUUAAGCCCGAUCAAUUUAAGGCAAUAAAUGACGAAGGCAUGCCGAUGUACCAGAAGCCGUUUAUGAGAGGGAAGCUUUAUAUCCACUUCACUGUUGAUUUCCCUGAAUCAAUGUCCCCUGACCAAUGCAAAGCUCUUGAGGCUGUGCUGCCCCCAAGGCCUUCAAAGCAAAUUACUGAUAUGGAAUUGGAUGAGUGUGAGGAGACCACUCUGCAUGAUGUAAACAUUGAAGAAGAGAUGCGCAGGAAGCAGCAGCAGCAAGCACAGGAGGCAUACGAUGAAGACGAAGAUAUGCCUGGUGGGGCGCAGAGGGUGCAGUGCGCACAGCAAUGAUUUGGUAAUAUUUUAAUAGGAAAGACGUAGUCCAUAAGUGUUCUAGUGCCACCAUUUGCUCGGGGGGUUCACAUAGGAUCAGUUGAGUUGAUGGAGAUCUCUAGAAAUUUGUCAUGUGCUAUAGGAUUUAGAUUUAUAGUUUUCAUGGUUUGGCAAAUUUCAUCCGCAGCACAAACUGAUAAUGAAGCCAAAUUUAUUGCUUUAAAAUUUUUUUUCAAGAGUGCCUAAAAGUUGCAUUGAUGUGUGCCUCAACAAUGUUGUCUGCAGAUUUACUUAUUUAUUUAUCCACAUUUUGUUGAAAUGUUGACAGUUCAUAU